AUGGCCCAAGAAAAGCACGACCUUCAACUUGAAGAUGUUCAAGAUUACACCUCUGACUACCCUCCUGACUACCCAGGAGCUGAGGGUGCCGAGACCAAGCGUCGUGGUCUCCUUUGCGGACUCAUCAUGGGAAACAAGAAAAUGACAUGCUUGUUGGCCCUUGUUUUCAUUCUCGUCAUUGCCAUCGUCACAAUCCUUGUUGUCGGUGCUGAUGAGAAUGCCAUUGAAGGGUUCCACCAACCUUUGAUCAUCAUUGAUCCCUCCACUCUGGAUGCUUCCGUGACCGGUCCUUUGAUGGCUAGUCUCCUUGCCAUGUACGACCGCAACGGAAUGGACUCCACUCCUCUAGAUCCCUCUUCUGGAGACGACACUCCCCAACGUCGCGCAUUCUUUUGGUUGGCCCAUGAGAACCAAAACUUGGACCACUCCACCAAGAUGGCCCGUUACGCUCUCGCCGUCUUCUACUACUCCACCAACCAAGUCCCAACCGAGUUCGACGAAGAACCCGAGACCUGGUACGUUGCCCGCAGAUGGUUGACCAAGGCCAGCUACUGCGAAUGGCACGGAAUCGUCUGUGACGCCCAAGGUCGUGUUGAAGCCCUCGAAAUGGACCGUAACUUCUUGACUGGAGUCCUGCCCAUCGAGCUUCGCAUCUUGGAAGACACCCUCUACUCUAUUGAUAUUGCUGACAAUGGUAUUUCCAUGUCCGAAGAAAACUUUGACGUCUUCCUCAACCUUGUCAACCUUGAAGAAUUUUUCGGUGACAAUAACUACCUCGAGUACAGCGAAGGUUUGCCACCACAAAUGGCUUCUUUGGUCAACCUUGAACAACUCACGAUGUCCUACAACUUGCUUGGUGGUGACUUGUCUGUCGACAAUGUCAUCCCUGCCAUGGGUCAAUUAACUCACAUCGAAAUGGAGGCAAACUACUUCUCUGGCCCAAUCCCAGACUACAUUGGGGCCAUGGAAGAUUUGGUGUAUUUCUACAUGCGUCGUAACAAUUUCAACGGCGACUUGUCAUUCCUCGAAAGUGGUGCCAUGACCACUUUGUUCGCCAUGUGGCUUGAUGGAAAUGACCUUACAGGAAACAUUCCCGCACAAAUUGGCUCGCUUCAAAACCUCGCCUCCCUUUCUAUCUCCAACACCAAAUUGAGCGGACCCAUUCCUGCUGAAAUGGGAGACCUUCUCAAGCUUCGUCGAGUGUGGUUGUACGAUAACCAACUUACCGGAGACAUCCCACUUGCUCUUCAAAAGUUGGAUAAAUUGGAAGUUCUCGAACUCCACAACAACAAUAUGUCUGGAAGCAUGCCUCAAGGAAUUUGUGAUAUCUUUUCAGGUGUCGACUAUGACUUCAAGGCCCUCACAACUGACUGUAACGGAGCUGUCGCCUGUAGCCGUUCUUGCUGUACCAAGUGCUAUUAG